AAACAACUCUUAGAUUAUUAUAAAUAAGGAAAAAAUGAAAAGCGGAAUUGAUAUUCACUAACAUCACACAAAGAUGAAGUGGUUGGUUCUUCUUUCCGUCGUAACGUUAAGUACAGCUUUGCCAACUCUCCGCGGCAGACACCUUUCCAUUGGUGAUGAUGGAACUGUAACUCUUAUUGGAUCUAACGGUUUCGAAAUUGAUAUAUUCAAAAGUGUUACUGACCCCAGCAUCGUUGAUGUCAUCCUAAGAAGCCCACGUGGACCUACCAGGUCUUUUCAAAUUGAUGAGGUCAACAAUAUCAGAGAAGUUAGUGACCGUAAUGUCUUCGGAUAUUCCAGAUAUCAUGACUUCAACCAGGCUGAUAUCCUUGCCCAAAUCUUCCGUCAGUACCAAGGUUCUAUAGCGGAAAACCAAUACUACAGUCUUCUAAACAGAAUCCAAUUGUUGGUCGAAGGAGGAGUUCUUAACGAAGCUAUCUAUGAUGUUUUGAGGGAAUGGAACCAGUACAAUUUGCAAGAUGUUAGCGAUAUUGUCCCAUCGCAACACAGAGAAAACAUUUUACCCAUUAACGAACAAUGGAACCUCGAUAGAGAAACUCUAAUCCAGCCUCUUCAAUCCACUUUGGAAGAAAUUAGAGAAAAACGCCAACUUCAACAAGAAUUAUUAAAAUCUGGAAAGUAUUUUGAUCUAGAGGAUGAAAACCUUGAUCUUCUUUUAGGAGAAAAGUAUAACACUGACAAAAUUUUGAAACUUAUUUACAAAGAACAAAUUGGCCAGUUGCCAAUAAAUCCUUCAAAUGUACUUUUGAUGAGGCCAAAUGGAGAAGACAAACCUUUAGAUGUUAAUUUCGUUGAUAAAUUCGUAAAAAAUGAGGAUUCAAUUAAUUUGAAAAUCCAAGAGUUCAUCGAUAAUAAAGAUAUCGCUUCACCAUACCUGAUUUUCAAACAAAGGCUUCUUAAUAUUGAAGUAGAAAAGUUCAUUCAACAACUAGCAUACCAUCAAAAUCUAAUUAAUCGACAAAUUGAACAAUAUAUCGGUCAAUCCGAAGUGAUUCCUAACGAAUUGGUAUAUCAACAAAGAUUAAUCUUUAAACAAGCCUACCCAUUGCUCCAAAAACUGACAGAAGACGUUUUGUUUAUAAACCGCAAAAUUAUAGAACUUCGUGGAAAAGGAAUAUUGGCAGAAAGAGAAUUUUUCGUACAGCAAAAAAUAAAUUCCCUGUUAAGUCAACAAUUGAUAAAAUUAUUGUUAGUUCAACAAAUUCACUUGAAGCAACAAAUACAAUCAUUAAUACCAAAAGCUGAUGCUGUUUCUAGAGAUUUAGUUCUCUUCCAACAAGCUACCCAGGAACAAUUGCAAGACACAAUUCACUCUUUAAUCAAGCAGCUUCUGUUGGAACAAUCGUCAUUCAAGGAUUUAGUCGAAAAGUGCAUUCAAGAAGGUACCGCAAUACCCCAGGAAUUUAUUUCCCAUUAUUACAUAAUCCACAAAGAAUUACUUCAAUUAAUCGCACAAGGAGAUACCAUUCCUAAAGCAAUUUGGUACCAACAAUAUGUAAUGCACCAACAAAUUGUAUUUUUUCUGAAACAAGCCAAUCUUAUGACCCAACCAAUUUUCCCACUUCAACCUAAGAAUCUGCUGCAACAACUCCCUUACUAAAGAAGUAUUAAAUGGUACUUCUUGUUUUAUGUAAAAAAAUUAUAGUACUUAUCAAGAUAUUUUAGAAGACCUUAAUCUUAAACUUAUUACAAGUUUUUAAGUUUUCGGUCAAGGUAGAAAUUAAUAAAUUUUAAUCUAUUGUAUUUUUAAUAAUUAUUACAUAUCUGCUUUUUAGUAUGUUUACCUCUUGAAAUUUAACGAUACUACUCAAAUACAAAUGGCUUUGUUAUAGGAUUAAGAUAGAUACGGUUUUCUAAAAUAUAUUGAUAGUUACUAUAAAGUCUAGUAUCUAACCUUAUAUUUAUUAAAUAAAGAUUGUGUUUGACAA